AUGGGUAUAACGGGCACCAUGGACGUCCAAUACGAUUUGGACAAUACAACUAUGUUUGAGGUGCAGAUCCUGCGCAGUGUCAGCGGCGCCGAAGACGACUUCAGACCACUUCCCAUGGCCGUACCGAAACAACGUAUCAUAGAUUUAAAGAAGCUUUAUGAUGACAUUGUAUAUCCUGUUAUGAAAGAUUGCUCCAAUAUGCCGAAAAUCGAGGGAGAUAAAUUAUUGCCAUGGCCGAAGAGAAUUUACACGUUUAACAUGUGCAAUUUCGACAACGGAAAUUUACCGGAAAUAAUGGCCGAGGGCUACUAUAAGGUCAAAUGUAUCUGUGAAGGCGAGGUCAGAUGGAGCGUUAUCUAUUUCUUACAGAUCAAAACACAGCUGAUCUAUUAA